AGAGAAAUACCAAUGAAAAAAUAAAUAAAUAAAGAAAAAUGGCUCACAAAUUUGUUACAAUCAGUGUUGUGUGUUUAAUCUCACUGGCAGCAGCCCUACCCGCCGAAGAGACCCGUGGCCAUGCCCGUAAUGCUGUCGGCUCCGACAACGAUAUCGUGGAUAGUAUUUACAAUGAUUGUCUGCGCAAGGAUUCCGUGUCUUGUGUGAAAUACAAGCUGUUCAACUUUGUCGACAAGGUGUUGGGAGCUCGCGAUCAAUUCGCUUUGACCGAAGGUGUUACCGUUGUACGCUCUCCUGAUGCUCCCGCCCAAGAUGCUGCCGCCCGCUCCAUCUCCGGCAACGAAUCUUUCGAAUCAUUGGCCAUGAACCGCAUCACCAGCUUCUUGAACAGCCACACCAUCAAGGUUGAAUUGAACGGUGCCGAUAUUGUCAACGCUGUCAGCUCAACUGGCCGUGCCUUGGAAGAUGUUAGCGAAUCUUUGUUCGGUUCCGAUGACCCCAACGCUACCGAGGAAAGCCGUGGCAAGAAGAAGAAGGCCGCCAAAAUCUUGGGCCCCAUUGUUGCCUUGAUCGCCUUGAAGGCUGCCGCUCUCUUACCUUUGUUGUUGGGUGCUAUUGCCUUGAUCGCCGGUAAGGCCUUGUUGAUCGGUAAAAUUGCUUUGGUUCUCUCUGCCGUUAUUGGUUUGAAGAAAUUGUUGUCUCAAGAGAAACACGUUACCUAUGAAGUUGUUGCCCAUCCCCAUCACAGUGCCAGUCACUCCGUCAGCCACGAUUCCUAUGGCAGUGGUUACAGUGCUGAUGUUGGUUCAUCCGGCUCUUAUGGCAGCUCUGGUCAUGGUGGUUGGGGCCGUUCCUUGGAUGCCCAAGAUUUGGCCUACAAUGCCCAAAAGCCCAACAAAGCCUAAGCGUAGCAGAGGCCCACAACAGUCAUCAGAUUUUAAGAAAAUUGUCACAACGCUAAGAAACCCAACGACAAAUCUAAAGAUGAUAACGAACUUUGUGUAA